AGAAAGACAACCAUUCGUUGCACCAAGAUAUCACCAAAUACGCCAGUAGCUCCACUCCCGUUUCGCCGCGGACAGCUGCACUCAGCAAAGACGGGAAAUUUAAAAAUAGAUCAAGCUUCACGGUUGAGGAAUUCAGUCAAGAUGCCUUCCAGGAUCUCGACCGCACCCGUUCAUCGCUAGACCUCGCCGAUCUCGAGCGCAAACUGGUCACAAACGACUCACACGUCGUCAACAGAUCCCGAGGACUGUCUACAAGUCAAGAGAACCAGCCCAUGCCACCCCCCACCUCCACCCCAUACAAAGCACAGGACGAGACGAUCCACGAGACAGUCAGCCGGAAGACCUCCACGUCAUC